AUGGGGAGAUUCUUGGAGGCCACCGUAAUAUCAUCACUUUUUUCCCAUAGGGCACACAUGGGAAAUGGUGACGAGGAGGUGUUAAUAGCGAAAGGUCAUGGGCCUGAUUUGAUUAAUUCUCAGGAUUUUAGGAGUCAAUGCAGCAUCAGCAGAAGCAGGUUAGCAUUUUAUCACUGCAAGGAGGACAAGAGAGAACACCUGAUAGCCCACGGGAGUUUGGAUUAUUUGCCUUCACACAGUAAACUUAAUAAAAAGUGGCUACAACAAAAAAAAUACAGAACAGAGUGGGAUCGAUGGCUGCUGAUGGGGCUAAUUGGAACAGCAGUGGGGGUGCCGGGGUUUUUGAUUCAUUGGGUAAUUUACUUACUCAUCAAAUCUAAAUGGAACCUGGUGGAAAAUUACCUGCAGGAUUUGUCCACCCACGUGACCUGGCUGUGUGUGCUUUGGUCAGGGCUGGCCUUGGUGGUUCUCUCUUCAGGCUCAGUGCUGUCCUUUUACUCAGCAUGUUCAUCAUCUGGCUUGCUAGAAAUUAUUGGUUUGAAUGGCACCUCUAUCCAACAGCUGUUUAACACAAUCUUUUUAAGCACAAUUCCCCGUGAUGCUCAGCAAGCAGUUAUCUGGACAACUGCAGUCAGUUUUGUUUCUGAAAAGCCAUCUGUCCCACAGCAAUGGCCUGCUGGUUGCUUUACAUCUCGUGUGACUGCUUUUAACUGUGCAAAGUUUGUAGCCAAUCUCAAGUGGCUGCACACACCAGCAGCAAUAGUUUUGCAUACACCCGCAGAAGUGCUAUGCAGUUUCACUAUGGCUGCUGCAGAAGCAGGCAUAAGUUUGGUAUUUCAUGCCCCCGUUGGUGGGCUCUUGUGCUUGAGAAGGAUGGCUUCGUUCGGGGACAUAAGGCUGGUCUAGCAAGGCUUAUUCUGCUGCUUGAUGGCCACCUUCACCACGGGUGUAGUGUCCUCUUAACUCUAUGGGUUUGUUUACAGGGGCCAUUUUGAAUUUUUUGAGGCAGAGAAAAGAAUUCUAUUUUGGUUUAAGAACUUACAGGACAUGAACAUCUUGGCCUUCAUUCUGACCAUCCUCCUUGGUGUGUUUGGAGGUCUUCUAGGAGCUUUCUUUGUUUCCCUAAAUAUAAAGGUUAAUAAACUACGUAUGCAGUUCUUUAAUUCAAUUCCAAAAUUAUCCCCUAGAAAAACAAGCAAGCUGUUGGAGGCUGUGCUUAUCCUAGUAUGUAUGACAACUGUUACAGUGUAUUUACUAUAUUUCUUUUCUUUCAUUCCUGUUGUGAGAAGCUACCAGAUGAGAAACAACUCAGAAGUCAUAAAUCAGCUCAAGAGGGAAAUUUCAGAAUAUAGCUGUUCCUCAAGCACAUGGAUUGGUCCAGAUGAAGUCAGAUAUUCUAAUCAAACCUUCAGUCAAGCUGCUGCACUUCCAGUUGAAAAUGGGAAGUAAGGGAUCACAUAUCUUUUUGAACAUGGGACUUGUGAAAAAUUUGGAUACAUAUCCCUGUGCACUGCCUUGGCAUUUUAUUUCAUCCUUAGCUGUUGAAUGGCAGGUUCUGCAGUUGCCAGUGGCCUGAUUAUUCCUAUGCUGUAUACAGGAGCUUUGUAUGGCAGGAUAAUGGGAUUGAUCCUUGUUUCCAUUUUUGGUGUUCAAACCAAUGAACAUGGAGUGUGGAUUGAUCCAGAUUUCUUUACUGCCAUUGGAGCUGCCUCCUUUUUCAGUGGAGUGUCAAGACUUACCAUCUCCAUCACUGUGAUAAUGGUAGAGAUCACAAAUGAUGUCCAGUCCUUGCUACUGAAAAUGCUGGCUGUCACGGUGGCCAAGGUGGUUAGUGACUUGUUCAACAUAUCCCUCCUGAAGCUGAAAUGCAUUCCCUACUUGGAUGUGGUAUCCUUUGCUCAUUACAGAGUCAAAUGGUUGAACCUGGAAUUGUUCUCUGCCAGGGAUAUCAUGGAGACUGGUGUCAGAGUCCUUCACCUGAAGGAGAACAUUGCCUCCUUGGCUUGACUUCAUGCAAGUACAAGCCAUGGCGGAUCCCCAGAGGUUUGCAGUCAACCAGAACACGCAGAGGUGUUCCAAGGUCCUAUUAAAAGGUUAGAGCUGUGCAUGCUGCUGGAGAAUGAGCACAUCUUAGAAGGAGAGUCCUUCUCCUCCUCUCAUCCUCUCUCCAAUGAGAAGAUAACAGUGGAGAAGCUGCCCAAUCUGUCGUGCCUAACCAUGCUGCUGAAUCGCUUCACUACAGAUCCCCGGUAUCAGCAACUCUUCAUCAAUCUGAAGUCACACAUAAACAAAUAUUCAAUGUCAGUCCGAGCUCAUUUCUUGCUACAGUGCAGCUAUGUCAUCUUUCACACCCUGGGGCUGUGCCACCUCACUGUCGACCUGCAGAGCCGAGUGGUUAGGGUGAUCACCAGGAAGGACUUGACGUCUUUCCCACUGGAGGAGAGGCUGAGGCUCCAGCUGGUGCCACAGAGUGCCUGUGCUGAUGAACUGCCCCCAGAUUCAAGGCCACGCAUGUAUUCUUAG